CAUACGCAGUGAAGUGUCCUUGGUUCGAGAGAUGGAUCCUGCUAAAGUAAUUGGAAAACUGUGAGUAAAAUAACGAUAUUAUACCUGAUAAUACUGAUAAACUUUUUAGGAAGGAGCAGGUGCGCAUGGAGCACAAGGCACGUCGCAGCUAUCCGAAGGUGUGGGCUGAAAUUGCGGACAAGAACACCAACUGUUUCUACCACCAAGGCGAGAUAGAUUCCCAAUUGUUGGGCCAGCUAAAACUUCAAGGCCUGUGUCCCAUUCGGCACAACAAUGAAGGUGAAUCGCGGUUUGUGUCACCGGAGAUGUACAAGAACCUUUUGGCUCUUUGUCGAUGCGGCAGAUCUCGACAGGGCGCUCAUAUGGGAAAGUGCUUGCAGAGAACUUUGAGCCCGGACUACACGCGAACCGAGACACACGGCAAAACCCAAAAGGUCGCGGAUCAGCGAGGUGGUGAUGAUGGGUCCCCAACAGAGCAGAAUGUGCCGCGUACCUCGAACUCUAGCAUUGGCUUCCUGGCAUUCGCGACGAACUACAGAAAGCUGGAGCGGUCAAUGCAGUACGUUUCGCCGGCCUACUCCAUGGCAGGGCCGCGCAUCUCAGCGGUGCCCUACAACAAUAUCAUUAUCGGCUAAUCGGUGCAUCUAAUCUAUUCUACACGUAUGCCCGGCAGAUGCUUGUUGUGGCAUUACCCAGCCAGCUGACUCAAGACCAGCGGGGAUUUCUGGCGGCUUCACCUAUGCUUAUCGUAAACAAUAAACCGAAACCGAAAGCCGUCAUCAUAGAACUGGAAUUUCCAGAGACGGCUUUUGGAACCUGUAUUAUA